UCACAUGUGUUGAACUGCUACGAAUUCGACGUUUACCAUAUGGGCUGUCAGAAGCUGUCAAAACUCUUCGAAUUUUAAUUUAUCAGUAAUAAUUCCCGCAACGUAAAAAAUGGUUCCGAGGUUGAAGAUUUUAUCCAACGUUGUCGAGCGCCUGACGAGGCUACAGUCGAGUGCUACGGGGAGACUCUAUGGAGUCAUGUGUGAUAAUACGUUAAUAAUAUUAUCAUUUAGUCUAAACGUUCCGGAAUGUAGUUUAGCCAAUUAUGACAUGCUUCAGCUAAACAUGCCAGUGGAGAUCGACCUGUGUGGAGUUCUAUUGGUAGAUCAAUGUGAAGAGGCCAUCGUGGAUGCUUUUAAGGACAUCGAUGUUACGGACAAUCCUCUUCUCCUUGAAUAUUCACUUGGUACAACAGACUUGCGGCCCUUUUUCUAUAUUCACCAAAAGUUGGAGCCAGCUGACAGUUUUCAGAUAAUAAGCGAGGAAACUAUAUGGGAACAGUUCAAGUAUGUUAGACUGGUAGCAGGGCUUCCGAUCAUCACCCAAAAAGGAAACAUUCUUGAGAUAAUUCAAGAAUCUAGGAAAAACAUUGCAUCUGGAAAGGCUGGAUUUAUUUUCCCAGGAAGCAACGUACAUCUUUUAAGCAGUGACGGUGAUACUAGCCCAGUAUUAAGCGAUGAACUUCGAUAUGCAUCCAAUAGCUCCGAGAACUCUGGAAAUGGCAAGGACAGCUCCAAACGUACCUCAGCAGUAGUGGAUGUGAUACAAGUGGAUUUAAUGUUGAAAGCAUGCAAAGAUAAAGUGGGCGAAGGUGACGCUCAAUAUGCUCCUGUCAUUCAGCAUGUUAAACGUGCUUUUGAGUGUCAACAAUUCAACUUGAAGAUCGAUGCUCUUGCAUUGGUAAAUCGCGAUGCAGAUGCUGCUCAUCUGUACGCAAUCUUGGUUGAGUCGAUAUGCAGAAACUUGAAACUGAUAGAGCGCUCCUUCGAGACCCAAAUCGAUGAAGACAAUGACUGUAUAAAACUGCCCGAGCCAUUGCACUUUAGACCUUCGAGUCUUGGUCAUUUCUUAACGUUAGCUUAUCCAGUUGGGACAGACGAAGAGGAGUUACGUGAAUAUCGUGAAAGCUUGCACAAGGUUUUGGAUCUAGACAUGACCAGGCCUUUUAUUCGCAGAGGGAAUGCUGUAAGAUUUUCCACAGAUGCAGGCAAAAACGAUCCGCUGGUAAAUCCUCACGAAGCAAUAUCCACAGCUUCAAUGUCAGAUGGGAAGUUAUCUAUCGUGGAUGGACUGUACUCUUAUCAUCAUUACAUGCAAGAUGAGUUUGAUGACAACGGAUGGGGUUGUGCCUACAGGUCGCUUCAAACCAUAGUUUCUUGGUACAGAUUUCAGGGCUACACGGACAGACCUAUUCCCACUCAUCGUAUGAUCCAAAAAUGCUUGGUCGACAUUGGAGAUAAGCCUUCUUCGUUCAUUGGCAGCAGACAAUGGAUAGGUUCAACUGAAGUUGGGUUUGUAUUGGAAUCUAUGUUUGGCAUCAGCGUUAAAGUAUUAUGUGCCUCCAGUGGUGAAGAGAUGCCAAUGUUUGCUUCGGAAUUACAUCGGCAUUUUCAAACUCAAGGAACUCCAGUAAUGAUUGGUGGCGGUGUUUUGGCCCAUACGAUUUUAGGAAUUUACAAGGAAAGUUUAACCGACGUAAAGUUUCUGAUACUAGAUCCACAUUACACGGGAUCGGAUAAUUUGAAUACGAUUAUUAAUAAAGGCUGGUGUAGUUGGAAGACGAAAGAUUUCUGGAAGAAGGAUGCAUUUUAUAACAUGUGCCUGCCCCAAAGGCCAGUGUGUACCUGACGAGGCUCAAAGGUUAAUUUUAUCUCCGAUAAGAUAUUUUAAAAUCCUUUUAUGCGUAUAGUUGCUUCUUUAUAAUAUUAAAAUAUUUAUUUGUAAAAUGGU